AACACUCUCCUGCUACCCUCUGGCCAUGCUGUAUCACAGUUUGUAUAUUAGGUGCACCUGCAGAUGUACAAAGCAUGUCUAGUGUUUUUCAACAGCCAGUUAGAGCAACAAUACAGAGACAACUCAAUCACUGGCAUAACACUGGCUGCAUUAGAGAGGCAGAUCUUUGACUUUCUUGGCUUCCAGUGGGCUCCUAUUCUUGGCAAUUUUCUACAAAUAAUAAUUGUCAUAUUGGGUCUGUUUGGAACCAUCCAGUUUAGGCCUCGGUACAUAGUUGUGUACACGGUGUGGACUGCCCUCUGGGUCACCUGGAAUGUUUUCAUUAUCUGCUUCUAUUUGGAAGUAGGCGGGCUUUCUAAGGAAACUGAUCUCAUGACUUUUAACAUUUCGAUGCACCGUUCCUGGUGGCGAGAGCAUGGGCCAGGCUGCAUACGGAGAGUGGUGCGCCCUUCAGCCCCUGGGAUCCUAGACGAUUACUCCUACGUCUCUGUGACGGGCUGCAUCAUUGACUUCCAGUAUCUCGAGGUCAUUCACAGCGCCAUCCAAAUAUUACUGUCUUUGAUUGGUUUUGUGUAUGCCUGUUACGUGAUCAGUGUUUUCAUGGAAGAAGAGGACAGCUUUGAUUUCAUAGGUGGACUUGACACAUACUGCUAUCGGCAACCCCCUCUGGAACAUGUUGAGUUAAAGCCUGUAAAGCCUGUCGAACUAAGUGAUGAACAUUGACUCAGCACCGCUGCUGUUGCUGAAAAAGCAGCCUUCAGAAGAAAAGAUCAACGUUGUGAACCGUUGUCACAGAAGAGACACGUCCUAUAUUUCUCACUGAGUGUGUGGAUUGCUCUUCCCACAUGGGACUGAAUCCUUCAGUCGCAGCCUCGGUAUCAUUAUCAUCAUCACCAUUAGAUGGAUACUUGUAGAUGAUCUUGAAUUUUUUAAAUUAUUUACUUAUAUGGACAAUUGUAAAUUGUUUUCUUUUUUUAAUUUUGUUUUUUACAAUACCUAGUGUUAAGGCAUGAAAACAAAUCCACCUGUGAAAAUUAUGAGAGAAGAAUGUGUGUUCUCAAGAAACUCAGUAGUUCUGGACUGAUACAGUCAUACUGUGCCUGGCAAAGAUAGUGUUGAAAAAUGAUAAUAUGACUCCAGAAUACAUGUCAGCGGUCAGACACCUAUAGUGUCAUGUGGACUGUCUUCAAUAAUGUAUCAGACAUUCACAAAGUCUGCACCUAAUGUUGGUUAAGCUACUGUAUGUAGUAGAAACUGAUAAAUAAUUCUUCUUUUCCAGAUGUCCUAAUUACCAAUGUGCUUGUCUAAAUAUUCUAAUUCAUAUAUGGUUUCUUCUCCCUCUUUUCGUCUUCUCCCCUGCAUCCACAAACAGUAGUUGUUUGUGAGUUGAAGAGAAGUGAAAUGGAUGUUCUCUGUUGCUGUCAGUCUCCAAGAACCCUUAUACGCAGGGCUCUUUUAGAUGUCUGUAAUUUGCACCUUUUUUUUACUCUUAUCCCCUCUUCCCAGGAAGAAGCCAAGCAUGAAUGUACAAUAGAAGCACCAUCUACAGCCUUAGGAGACUCUGGGGUGAAUUUUGUUCUUAAUUUAAAAGUAAACAAGAAGAUCUGGAUAUGAAAAUGUGUAUAAAAGUUUGUAAAGUUUUUUGUAAAUACUUAUAGAAAAAGAACAUGUAUGUAACUGUGCGGCAUUUUGUUUUAUAU